AGACUGUUUUGGUCUUUUUGCUGUUAGCAACGGAGAGAACCCGAGCUAGCUGUAAACCCUAUUUUGAGAUAAUCGAUUUUCUUUUUUUUACGUUUACAUAACAAAUUGACAAUAGGUUUAAGGCACGUGUUUAUUUGGGAUUAAUUACCACAGAGUGUUGUCAUUUUUUAAUAUCGAUUUCCCGGUUUUAAUUAGAAUUGUACAGAUUGCUAAUUUAGCUAACUAGCCAGCCGCUUAGCAUCAGCAUCCUUCUUUAAAAAGGCACGUUGACAUUAGCCAGUUAGCAAGACCACACACACGCCGCGUCGUUGUCAAGAAGUCCGUUUGUGGUCAUUUUAACUCGCUGUCUUUUAUGGGAUCACCAUGUCAAUGAAGGCCGGAGGAAAUCGAAGCAAGCCCGGCGGUGGCAACACGACUGGUGCGGCCGCCUCUGGAGCCGGAGGAAGCGGUGGGGGAAGACAGAAUCUGGGCAGGGGAAGACACAGUGGUAAAGGAUCUACAGCAGUAAUUUUCAGUGGUGUAUAUGCAAAUAUGAGGAUGGUCCAUGUUUUAACAUCAGUGGUGGGGACCAAGUGUGAGCUGAAAGUGAAAAAUGGAGCAAUAUAUGAAGGAGUAUUUAAGACAUAUGGCCCAGAGUGUGACCUGGUGUUGGAUGCAGCUCACAGAAAGAGCUCCGAGCUGAGUAUAGGCCCCAGGAAAGAAGAUAUUGCAGAGAGCAUCAUCUUUAAAGCCUCUGAUGUCGUAUUGGUGACCUUCAAAGAUGUGGACCUGAAUUUUGCUAGAAAAGUCUCCUCUGACUCAGACAACUUCACUGACGCAGCGGUGAGCGGCAGGAUUAACGGUGAACAUAAAGAGAAGGACCUCGAGCCCUGGGACGGAGGAGAAACCCACAACUCUGACAGCCUCGAGUCUCUGGAUACAGAUGUGUCGAAUGGGUGGGAUCCCAACGACAUGUUCAAGUUCAACGAGGAGAAAUACGGAGUUUUGUCGACUUAUGACAGCAGCYUGUCCACGUAUACGGUCCCCUUGGAGCGUGACGACUCCGAGGAGUUUCUGAAGAGAGAAGCUCGCGCUGCCCAGCUGGCAGAGGAGAUCGAGGCCAGCGCCACGUACAAGGCCCGCGUGGCCCUGGAGAACGACGAUCGCUCCGAGGAGGAGAAGUACACGGCUGUGGUGCGAGGGGAGAGGGAGACUCACACGCUCAGCAGAGAGAACAAGUACAUUCCUCCAGGCCAGAGGAACAGGGAAGUGAUGUCAUGGGGACCAGGACGCCAGAACUCUCCUCGUUUGGGUCAGAGCUCAGGUGGACCCUCAUCUUCUCGACCAGGACCUCACGACUACAGUCCCAGCUCCGGGACUGACCAGAGGGUGGUUAAUGGAGGUUCAUCCCACUGGCCCUCACCCUGUCCGUCUCCUUCUUCUCGUCCCCCCUCUCGUUACCAGUCUGGCCCCUCCUCCCUGCCUCCUCGGGCGACCACGCCCACCCGGCCACCCUCCAGACCCCCCUCCCGACCUUCCAGGCCUCCCUCUCAUUCAUCCCACCCCUCCUAUCCCUCCUCUUCAUCUUCCUUUUCUCACCACGGGCCCACGUCGCCAGCCUCCACUCUGCCCAAACGCAUGUCGUCAGAAGGUAGCCACACGGGUGGAGCCGACCUGGGCAAAGGUCCUCCCAGGAUGUCUCCCAAGUCCCAGCGGACACCUCGUUCUCACAGAGUGCCCCCAUCGCGGAUCGGCGGCGGCCACCCUGGCGUGGAUUUGAUCUCUCACAGUUCAGCCGGGGACAGUCCAACAGCUCCACCGACCAGGAACAGCUCCUCUGGUGGGACUUGGUCUUCAGUGGUCAGUGGAGCUCACAGACCUCGCUCCCCGCGACAGAACAGCAUGGGCGGAGCUUCCCCUGGGUCUUCCUCCCUCUCUUCACCCCAAACAGGACCAGCUCCUGUGGAAACUGUUACAACACGGACAUCAGCUGCUUCUCCUACUGCUGCUAGCCCCRCCCCCAACAUGGUCGCCUCUCCACCAGGAGAUCAUGGAAAAGAAUGUCGUGUCCAAGAGGCAAGACAGUCCUCCCCAUCAACAAACAGUGAGGUCAUCAAGCCUUUGGACAGCUCACCUAGUGUUACAAGAGGAGUGUGUAAAGGACCUCCUAUGGCACCAGACCACAGAAAACAAAUAGAUAAUUUGAAGAAGUUUAGUGAAGAUUUUAGAUUGCAGCCCAGUUCAAAYGCAGACGCUGCCUUCGAGCAGAUGAUGACCAAGCCUCCCAGAGACCCUGCAGACAAACCAAAAGAUCUUCYCCUGGACAAAGCCUCCGCAGUGGGACGGGACAGUGCAGAAAGUUGUGUAGUUCUUCCUGCUGGCACGUCCGCCGUUCCUCCUGCUCCUUCCAGUACAUCCACAAACACCAGUAAGCCUGGCAGCCCUGCUGCUCUGUCUCCAUCUCCCUCAGCUCCGGACCAGAAGAGGUCCGGGCUGGACGUGACCUCACAAGGAGUUCAGACAACAACCAUGUCGAGGUUCAGCGGAGCCAAGCACGAAGAAAAGGAGGAGAAAAAGGAAGCAGUACAAGAUCAAGUAAGAAAAUCCACCCUGAACCCAAAUGCUAAUGAGUUCAAACCCAGGUUUAAUACACAGCCUAAACCAGCCAACACCCCGACGCCUCCUCGGCCUCAGGGCCAGCCCAGCCCCUCCAUCGUGGUUCAGCAGCCUCAGGCUGUGUACGGCCAAACAGUCUGCUUCCCUCAGAUGUACCCGCUGACCCCGGUCAGCCCCGGAGUGCAGAAAAGCAUAAUAUGGAAGUCUCCAGCUGUGUACCAGGUCCAGAUGCCUCACAUGACGGUCAGCCAGUCGAAACCCUACAGACCAGGUAAAGGUUUUGAUUUUGAUUCCCGACGUAUAUCUUUAGUACCCAACAUGCCCCAGCAGAGGUCCGACCAGCACCACCCGCCCGGAACGCCCACCAUGAUGCACCCGGCGACGGCCGCGGGUCCGCCCAUCGUAGCUCCGAACCCGGCCUACUCUGCGCAGUACUUCACCUGCAGCCCGCAGCAGUUCACCAGUCAGCCGCUCGUUCAGCAGAUGCCGCACUACCAGUCGCAGGCGCAGCACGUGUUCAGUCCGGUGAUGCAGGGCAGUGCCAGGAUGAUGGCCCCCCCUGCUCACGGCCAACCCAGUCUGGUCUCCUCCUCCACCACACAGUACCCGGAGCAGACACACACCAUGUAUGUGUCUCCAGGGCCCAUGCCUCAGCAGUACCCCCACCCCAGUGCCACCUUGCACCCCCACCCCCAACACCCCCAGCCUUCUGCCACUCCCACAGGCCAAGGCCAGCAGGGUGGUCCUCCGCAACACGGAGGUCCCCAAAGCCACCCUGCUGCCAGCCCGGUCCAGCACCCRCAGCACCCGCAGGCGGCGGCAGCAGCCCUGCACCUCGCCGGACAGCCCCCGCAGCAGCAGAUGUACUCGGCUCUGGCCCCGACGCCCCCCUCCAUGACGCCGGGACCUAACCCCCAGUCUCCCCAGGCAUCGUUCCCUUCCGCCCAGCAGACCGUGUACAUCCACCCUCAGCAGGUGCAGCACGGCUACAACCCCAACCACAUGGCACACGUGCAGCAGGCUCACAUGCAGUCCGGUAUAGUGCCGUCUCACCACCCGGCCCCCACCCACGCCCCGAUGAUGCUGAUGGCCACUCAGGGUCCCCCCGGGGGUCCGCAGCCACCUAUGCCCCAAACCGCCCUCAACCCCAUCCCUGUUUCCUCCACCACACAUUUCUCCUACCUGGCACAUCCACAAGUGCAGCCUCACCACCAGCAGCAGCUGUAGAUAGAGGGCGCCAGCGAGCCGAGGGACCCGUUCCGCAUCACUGCUUCUCACCCCAGAGCCUUCAUAAGCAGGCGACGAAGAGGACGAGAGCCCUUCCUCUCCUCUCUCUCUUCCUCCUCAUCCUCCUAUCCUCCUCAUCCUCACCCCACAUGCUUCACGUCAGCUUUUCUCCCCCCUCUCUUCCUCCCUUCUCCCCCUCCUCCUCGCUCAGACUAGGCAAUAAGUGAAUGUUAACAGGUUGAUGCAGUGACACGUUUUAACAAGGGAGGAGUUUUUAAACCGAAAAUGUUUUCUGUUACGACCCUGUUCACACACACAAACCACACACACACACCUGCACACACACACACACAACCACACACUCACACAAACUACAUCAGGGGUCCCAGACUGCGACUUGAAGUCAGCUUGCCAAGUAAAGAGAAGAAAGGAGAGUUGCUAAUCUGAGAGUGAAGAUUUAACUGGAACUUGUGUCCUGACUGCACCUUGUUACGGAGAAAACAAAAAGAAUCUUCCGACUUUUAGACAGUAUUAAUCCUACUGUUUAUCGCUGCUGCUAUGUGCUGCGUUGGUUUCCGGACUCCAAGACAAGUUUCUAACCAAACUAAAAAAUUAAAAAAAAAAAAAAAGAUCAAAACACCACCAGAAACUUCCUGUGAAAAGCAAAUACAAGAAUUAAAUCUUUCAGCAGCCAAGAGGACAGGAGAAAUGUUAUUUAUGAAAUUCUAAUGGCUGAGGUGAUCAGAUCCCACGUCUCACCUGACCCUCAUGUAACUUUUAAGUUAAAACUUUUACUUUGUAGAUAAUAUAAAUAAUUU